AUGCCGCGCGAGAUCAUCACGCUGCAGGCCGGGCAGUGUGGGAAUCAGGUCGGGAGUGAGUUUUGGCGGCAGUUAUGCCUCGAGCACGGGAUUCGCCUGGACGGCGUCGUCGAGCCCUUCGCCGUCGGCGGCGAUGACCGCAAGGACGUCUUUUUCUACCAGGCCGACGACGACCACUACGUCCCGCGGGCGCUUUUGAUCGACAUGGAGCCGCGCGUCGUCCACGCCAUCCAGCGCGGCGCCAUGCAGAAGCUUUUCAACGCGGAGAACGUCUUCAUCCACCCCGAGGGCGGGGGGGCGGGGAAUAACUGGUCCCACGGCUACGAGCUCGGCGAUCAGGUUCAGGAGACGCUCUUCGACAUGAUCGAGCGCGAGGCGGAGAACAGCGACAGCCUCGAGGGCUUUCUCCUCACCCACUCCAUCGCGGGCGGGACCGGGAGCGGGAUCGGCAGCUACCUUUUGGAGAACCUCAACGACCGCUUUCCCAAGAAGCUCACCCAGACCUACAGCAUCUUCCCCAACCAGUCCCGGGGCGGGGAAAGCGACGUCAUUGUGCAGCCCUACAACAGCGUCCUGGCGAUUAAACGGCUGACGCUGCACGCGGAUUGUGUGGUGGUGCUGGACAACACCGCGCUGAACCGCCUGGUCACCGACAACCUCCACAUCCCCUCCCCGACGGUGGAGCAGAUGAACGGCCUGGUGAGUACCGUGAUGGCGGCCUCAACGGCGACCCUGCGGUACCCGGGGUAUAUGAAUAACGACCUCCUGAGCAUGCUCGCCUCGCUGAUUCCCACCCCGCGAUGCCAUUUUGUCUGCACCGGCUAUACCCCGACCACGUUGGAUACGUCGAAUAUCCAAUCCGCGGUGCGUAAAACCUCCGUGCAUGAUGUUAUGCGGCGGCUUUUGUUGCCGAAAAAUAUGAUGGUCUCGACCUCGAUGAAGAGCGGGUGCUAUAUCUCGCUUCUGAACCUCAUCCAGGGCGAUGUCGACCCCGCGCAGGUGCAUCGCUCGCUCGAGCGGAUUCGCGAGCGCUCGCCGAAUUUUAUCCCCUGGGGGCCGGCCUCGAUUCAGGUGAUUCUGUCAAGAAAAUCGCCCUAUUUGGAUACGCGGCAUCGCGUGAGCGGGCUCGUCUUGGCCAAUCACACCAGCAUCCGCACCCUCUUCCAGCGGACGCUCAAGCAGUUCGACACGCUCUUCGGGCGGGGGGUUUUUCUCGAUCAAUACCGCAAGUACGGCCCGACCAAAGAAAGCAUGGAGGAAUUCAAGGACUCCAGAGAGGUGGUGGACACGUUGAUUGAGGAGUACAAGGCCUGCGAGGGGUCCGAUUACAUCCGAAACUUCUAA